CGGUUACAAGGUAUCCGUCAAUCAAAUGAGUCAGAUGUCAACACAGCCGCAGACAAGUACAGGUCUGUGUUCAGUAUGGCAAUGGAACAACAGUCAAUCAUGCUGUUCUUCAGAAAUUAAUGUAAAAUUAUAAAAUAAUGUUUUUUCGAAACACUGCAGAUGAAAGUGUGAAUGAAUAAGCUGUUUUUUUCUGUGGAAGGGAGAUAUUUAAAUGCAAUUUGUGUGGAGUUCAGACGCUUGCUAAACACACAAACUUUUACAGCUAUACCUGAUGGAAUUUUGGUAAGAAAUAAUUUACUUAUUCUGAAAAGAGUAAGUGUACCUGAGCAGUAACGGCUGGAGAAUAGCAAUACAUGAAGUGAACCUGAGCAGUAACGGUUGAAGCAUAGCAAUACAUGAAGUGUACCUAGGCACUACAGGAGACAACUUUGACUCCCUACAUGGGGAGAAGAUGAACUGUUCAGACUGCUUAGCAAUGAGUCUGUAAAAUGCAGAAGAUGACUUCGAAUUCCGGCAUAGGGAGUAGAUGAACUUUGGAAUGCUGCUUUGGAAAAAAUCUGCAUAAUGCAGGAGAAGACUUGGAUUCCCUACAUAGGUAGAAGAUGGACUGCUUAUCCACAAAUCUGAAGAAUUUUUAAGGAUUGUGGACUACGAUUUUACACUCAUCUGAAGGAAUUACAUUUUUAAUAAUUUGUUGUUGAUAGAUAUUUGUUAUUAGUAAAUAUUGUUCAGAAUUAUCAAUAUCAAUGCUGUCAUAGUAUAAUAACACAGAUUGUGCACUUUUUGUGAUUUAAAUCGUUCAAUCAAUGAUUAAUAAUGUGUCUUAGUAGCAAGUGCUCAAAAAAAAAUCUCUUGACAUACAUCGUAGCUUUGCAUGAAAUUAUUCAAUCAUAUUGUUAGUAAUGGUACAUGUUGAAUUGAUAACAUGUGUACCCAUUAUAAAGAAUACUGGUCAUUGUAAAAGAAAUUUUACCCACAGCAUUUUAAAAUUACUACCAUUUAUAAAGGUUAAAAUUUGUGUUUUACCCAGAAUUAAAAUUAUUUUUUAUAAUGUUAACACAUAAAAAUACAUUGUUUCCGUAUGUUUAAUUCAUAAUUUUGUUAUGACAUUGUUUUUUGCCAGUUUUUAAUAUCUUUAUUGUAUUCAUGAUUUAGAACAAACAAAAAUGUCAAGUGGAAUCUGCAAGAUCAAAUUCUCUGUUGUAUAUAGAACAUGUAUGUGUAGUUUGAAGGGUUGUCAGAAGGGUCAAUGCCUGUUGCUAUUAUUUCUGACAAUCUUUAUUCUGGUCACUGUGCCAACAAUAUCAUGGGAUAUUCCAUUAUCACGACUCUAUGGCAAAUUCCACUCCGAUGAUUCUGCCAUGGACCAAGCUCAAGUGUUGAAUGAACAAAGAUACCAGAAGGCAUUUAGAUACUUCAGUGGUCUAGACAGCAGAUCAUCCAGGCUUUUCUAUGAAGGGAAAGAAAAAGCCCAUCCUGACAUUGUUAUAGCUAUUAUAACUACACAAAGAAAGAAAAUGUCUACUCACUACCUUGUUCAAACAGUUGCAGUGAUGGACCAUAUAUUAAAAUCAGACACUUUAUUUGCAAAUACAUUCCUUUUUAUUUGUAAUGUGGACCAAAGUCCUCAGAAUCAUGAAGAUGCAGUACUUUUACAAGAGUACAUUCCAUAUGUUCAAAUGAUGGGGAACAACAGCUUUAAUCAAUCAUUCCAGCCUUAUACUUAUAUAUCUGAAAACAAUGACUAUAAAAGAGGACAGGAAACAAAGGAUUAUUUAUUUUGUUUAAAUGUUUCAAAACAGUUUAAUUCAGAGUUUGUUUUUAUAUUAGAAGAUGAUGUGAUACCAUAUACAAACAUACUGGAAGUUUUACACUAUGUUUUACGAAAACAUCACUUUUUACACAGCAGUCAUUCAGAAAGCAAUCCUUUGAUGAAGAGGGAAUUUUCCUAUUUGAAGCUUUACUAUCCAGAACGGUGGCAAGGCUUUGCAAAUGAGGUUGACAGAAUAUUAGAGCUAGUUUGUUAUGGACUUGUUGGUGGUGCCAUUGUGUUAGGGAUAUUCAGUGCAAUUUUUUCACACAAGUUCAACUUUACUUACAAAACAAAAAUGUUAUACUACACUAUUGGUUGUGCCUUGACCAUUUAUACUGUGAUUUUGCUGGACAGACAGCAGGUGAUGGAAUUCCGACGCAUUUCCCCGCAGUUGUUCCGAAUGAGUCCGUCUCCGGCCUGCUGCACGCCUGCUAUGCUGUACUCGUCACAUAUCAUACCUGGGCUUAUAAGCCAUCUCAUUGACAUCUCACAAAUGAACAAAGACCUAGCCAUCUAUGAUUUUAUUGAGAAACAGCAAAUUCCAGGCUACCUUCUAGAACCAAACCUUGUUCGACAUAUAGGAUUGUACACUUCUCUGCAGAAUUUGCAUAAACCUCCAAAAGAGUUUUUGUUUACCAUUAACUUGCCAUGAUUUUUGUGUUCAAAAUGGUGCUUUAAGUAACACACAUUGAGCUAGUCUGACUGCUAAAAAUGGCCUUUUCUUAUUAUUAUUUUAUUAUAUAUUAUUAUCUUAUGUUAUUUUAAUACCGGUAGGUCAGCAAAUGUUGCAUUGUUGAUUUUUGUUGUAUCUUUUAUCAAGUACAUUAUUUGACUGUUGUUUUGUUAUUGACUCUGUAUGGUGCUAAGAUUUGUUCAAAGUGUUUAGUGCAUUUGUUUGUAUUUCCGUGUUAGUUCCAACAUUUCAUAUAUCUACACAUUAUUAUGUACAGGGCAAUGAUUUUUAUAACAUAACGACAGACAUUAUGUAAUACAACUGAAGUUCAUUAAGGAUUACUGAGGUAGUGACUCCAAAAUUGUAUAUGUUAAAGAUUCAUAUUUCUAUUAUAUACUCGUAUAUAUACAACGUCAUGAAAAAAUUAAGUUUAAGUUAAAGCCACUGCAACAUUUUAGUAACAUACCAGGGUAUAUUUUAAUGGUCGUAAAUUAAUUGAAUUUUAUGUUCAAACAGUCAAAUGUAAUUAAAAAAAAGCUCUUCAUGUUGCAGUUUUGGACUUUGUUCUCUGAAAAAUUAGGCCAUUUUACCAGUGAAAUUCAAACAACUUUUGUAAACUUUGAAAAGCGUAAGAUUCAAACAUAAACAAAACAAAAAAACUUCAUGAGAAAACUUUUAUAAAAAUAAUUUUUAAUUUAACAAUAAAUCACAAUCACAUUCCUUUUUACAGUCAUGGACUUUUUGCUGUGUUAACAAGCACUGGAAAUUAAGCACCGAUUUUCAUAAUGUCAAAACCUGGUCCACAUUACAGACUAUUAGAAUAAACCACUGAAAAAUACAACGACAAGUUUCUAAGUUAACAUACUAAAUCCGAUGAAAACAUUUCUAGUGAAGGUUUCUAAUAACCAUUUAGUAAAGUGAAAAAAGUACAUUUGAAAUAAGCUUUUAUUUGACUACAAAAUACACAAUCUUGAGUGGUCUUACCCUAAGGGAACUAGUAUACCUGUCUGUAAACCUGUCAGUUCUGUACAUCUUGCAAAAUUCUUAAAAUUGUUGACCAAUGUGUCACCAAUACGCAGCUAUAAUGGAAUGUCUAACAUUUUUUAAACUUUUCUUAUCAGCAAGAAUAUCUUCACUUCAUUCAACACUGAAUGCCCCUUGCAUUCAAUCAAAGUGGGAUAAUUAAACAGGUUUUUCCUUUGGAAACAAAGGUUAUAAGAUUUUGGUAUGAAAUCCAGAUGUUUGUACAUUAAAGUUAAAGUCACACCUUAGGGUCAUCAGUCAAAAUACCUUGUAUGUUGGCUUGUCCAGGCAUGCGUAGGGUACUUUUGAAAUAUCUUGGCACAAGUGUUCACCAGGAGUAGCUUGCAUGCAGCCUAAACAAAGCUGUUUAUACGGGUAUUUUCACAGAACUGUUUCCUGAUUUCUAUUUAAUUUCUUGACAUAGUUGAAUUUUUGCUGACGGAGCUUGAGCAUAUAAAAUCAUAGUGCAUAAGAGUAGCCGAGUCCAUCUGUACUCAUCAUUUGUUAAAUUUAGCAGAUUUUUGGCUUACCUAUUUACUUAUCUACAGUCACAUACAAACACUCGAGUCAUAUAUUAAGCUCAUUCGCAACUGUUAUUUACCUCAUGAUCAUAAGAGAAUGGUUUAAUCUAAAAUACUUUUAUGCUUUUACCAUUUUUUUUCAUUGAAUGUGUCGAUUAAAAUCUAUAUUUUUAAGAAAACUAAUUCUAGAGUAAAAAAAGUACUUGAGUCAUUGUUUUAUAACAACUAGUUAUAUUUAAUAACUUUGAAAUCUCACCAAGUUUUGAAUAACAUAUUCUAUGAGAAAAUGUGCUUUUAAAGCGGGUUUCUUUGAAAUCUUGCCUAAGCUUUUUUUAAUAACAUAUUCUUUGAGAAAAAUGCUUUCAAAGGGGUAAAAAAAAUACAAUUUUCAUUAUUUAAUCUUUGUUGUAAUGUUUUAAAAUGAGUUGAGAUUGUUAUUGACAUUUGACAUGGAAGAUAUUUGGGCCUAUUGCAUAAACUUUAGUUAUAUACACUGUUUUAUUUGGUUAUAUUUUGCUUGUUUCUGGACGUUUACGGUAUAAUUUAAGAAUUUACUUUACACCAUUAUUUACAACUAAUUUUACAGUAGAUAACAUUCCAAGAAGUUGGCACAAUCUCAUUGAAAGUAUUAUAGUGUAUGAAAAAUGUAUGCCAAUUGGCAAUUUCUGGAGUAAUUUGUGGGCAAUACCAUUUGUAUUCAUGGUUUAAUCAAAAUAAUCCCGCGUUGCACAUGCAAUUUAUCAUGCAUGUGAUAUUCUGUGAUCAUAAUUAUAAUUAUAAGUCUUGCAUAAUAUUUCAGAGCAUUAUAAGGUUCCUAUGUACUAUAAAUUUGGCUUAACAUAUUUCAAGUUUCAGCAUAACAUAUAACUCGUCUCAUUCAUUAAAACAUGCAGAUAUUAAUUUGCUAUACAAAAAAAACAUUCCUGCAUUGCUUUUUACCCUGUAUCAAAGUAAUCAAUAUGCAUUUCAUGAUCAACUUUUGAAAACAUAUAUAUUUUUUCAUUAUCUUAUUUUUAUUAAUCUUAUUAAUUAUUUAUUAAACACUUGUCAUUGUUGAUAAUUACAUAAAUAGUCUUAACAUGACAUGGUUCUUGAUGUUACUGGUAUAUUUGCAAUAUAGUUUGAUUGUGUUCUGCUACUCAGAGAAUUUUGUUUUAAUUAUUAAACAGUUUCAAAACACA